CAUCUAUUUUUCCUUUCCGCCCACACUUCCAUCACCGAGGCCUGCUCUUCUCGUCUCCUCGCCCUCUCCCUUCUCGCUUCUCCCUCACCACGUCCCGUGCGCUCCUCUCAACGCUGCCGUCGCCGCCGCCCUCCGAGCCGCCUAGGGUUUCUCCCGGCCCCGGGCGCGCCGCAGCCACGUCGCCCACGACCAUGGUGAUCCCGGCCGAGCCACCCCCGCCGCCUGCUACCCCGGAUCCCGCCGCCGACGCCGCGGCGGUGGUGGAGGCGGCGGCCGCGGCAGCGUCGAGCGCGCGCCAGGCCGCCGCCGCCUUCUCCUCGUUCCCGUCGCUCAAGACAUGGGGGAGCCACCGCGUGCUGCGCUGCGCGGCCCACGUCAACCGCGCCGACGCUGCCGCCAGGCGCUCCCCGGGGAAGGUCGACGCGGACGCGGAGAAGAAGGUCCCGCGCCACCCGAACGGGGUGGAAGCAGGGAGCAGCGACGCCGUCGGCUCGGGCCACCACUUGGCGGCGGCCGCGGAGGACGCGGAGCCUGCCGCCGCCUCGCGGCCGUGGAAGCUGCGCACCCGGCGGCGCCCCAAGUUGCCGGCGCCGUCCGCGAGCGCGUCGCCGCCGCCCGAGCGGAGGCCGUCGCGGGCCCGCGCGGAGCCCCUCGACCGGGCGCGGUUCUCCGUGACGCUCACGGCCGAGGAGAUCGAGGAGGACGUCUACGCCGUCACCGGCGCCCGCCCGCGCCGCCGCCCUAGGCGGCGGCCCCGCCCCGUGCAGAAGCAGCUCGAUAUGCUAUUCCCCGGCUCGUGGCUGUCGGAGAUCACCGCCGAGUCCUACCGGGUGCCGGACGACCGGUGAGUGGCGCGGACCCCGUCGAGCACCCCCGAGCCGUCGGCGAGGACGCAACGCAAGGCAAGCGAAUUCGCCAAUCGGAACCCGGUGUUGUUAAUUCUUUCUUUAGCCUCCGCCCGUCUCCUGCCGGUGAUGUUACCGUGAUCUAAUCAGCUACCAGUAAUUCUAAUUAUUAUUAAUUGAUCGAAAUGGAAUGCUAGUAGCAGUAGCAGCAAGUGACUCGUAUCAAGUUGUUAUCUUUAGCGAAAGUACGUGAGGGAUAGUUUGGUCUGGUGCGUGCUGGUGUUGGCCGUGUUGGCCCUUGAUGGUACAUUUCUUAUUAAUAGUUCAUUACUUUAGUACGUUUAUUA